AUGGGGCUAGAAGGAGAAGUACUGCAUAAGUUUGUGCAGCAGGCCCUGGAGAGAGACGAGAGAGUUAAGGAGAGGGAAGCACAGAGAGUAGAGGCAGCGAAAAGAGAGAAAGAGCUGGAGCUCGAGAGCCAGAAGCUAGAAGCCGAAGCCAAAAGACAGGAGAUUGAACUCGAGAAGAUGAGAGUUCAAGCCGCAGAGAGAGACAAGGAGAGACAAGAGAAAGAAAGAGAACGGCAGGGAGAGAUGGAGAAGAUGAAGUGGGAAGCAGAGGAAAGAGAGAAAGAGAAAGAACGGGAACGACAGAUGGAGAUGGAGAAGAUGAAGCAGGAGAAGGAGGCGGAACGGCGACACCAGCUGGAGAUGAGGCGGUACGGGCCAGAGAGAGGCGCACUAGAGGAAAUGGAGCGUGCGCGGGCGAAAACUCCCAAGCUUCCACCGUUCGUCGACGGGAAGGACGAAGUAGAUGCCUUCCUACAGAGGUUUGAAAGAUUUGCCAGCUCCGACGGCUGGAGGGAGGAGGUCUGGGCCUCCAACCUAAGCGCGCUGUUAACUGGGAAGGCACUUGAAGUAUAUUCGAGGCUCAGUAACGAAGACGCCCAAGACUACGACAAAGUGAAGGUGGCAUUGUUGAAACGUUACAAUCUAACUGAGGAUGGCUUCCGCAACAAGUUCCGACAGAACAAGCCGGACAAAGGAGAAAGUCCAGAGCAGUUCCUGGUACGCCUGACCAGUUACCUGGACCGGUGGGUGGAGUUAUCCAAGACGACGAAGGAUUACGAGUCGCUUCGUGAUUUGUUUGUAAAAGAGCAGUUUAUGGAAGCCUGCCCACCAGACCUGGCAAUACACCUCAGGGAGCGAAAUCCAGAUAGUCUGGUGGAGCUGGCAGAGGUGGCUCAACAUUACCUGACCGCCCACAAGAAGGAGCUUUCCAGCAGGGAGGAAGAAGAAAAGGGGAAAAAGACACCACAAAGCCGUGGUCGCUCACAACCUUGGACAGCGCGCGGGAAUGGUACCUGCUAUACAUGUGGUGACCCUGGCCAUUUCGCAAGGGACUGCCCUGUGACUAAAGAGGCACAACCAUCCGGGGCUAGAUCCUUCUUCACGGGCACGAGGACCCGGCAACAGACAACCUUCGUCAUCAGGGGCCAGGUAGAGGGAAGGACAGUACCACUGUUGCUGGACACUGGGAGCGCCCAGACCUUAGUCCGAGAAGACCUCGUGGACGCAAGGAAGCUCACCGAUGAUCAAGAUGGAAUCACCUGCGUCCAUGGGGACGAAAGAAAAUACCCCACCGCGCAGAUAGACAUCCGGAUUGGCCACCGAAGUUACCGGAUCAAGGCUAAGGUUACCCCAAACCUGCCGCGCCCUGCCAUUGUGGGACGAGAUGUCCCGCAUCUGGCUGAACUCGUACAACUGUGUGCGUCCGGGAAACUGACACAGGAAUCGUUCGUGACUACGAGGGCCCAAACGCGUAAGACAGCCCAGGAAGAUGCCGAACGACAGAGGACCAUGACGCAGUCUGGGGUCCAACCUCGACAGUUACCAGAGCGGUGA